UAAAUUUUUUGGUAUAUUUUCUCUUUUAUAUUCGAUCGCCCCUUUCAUUUCUCUUAUAUUUUCGCGAGGUUUACUUUUUACUUGUCCAUUCAUCGACCGCUUUUCUUCUUCUAUAGUCCACAUCCUUUCCAUAAACACACAUUAUUUCUUCUCUUUUUUGGAUAUUCACUGUCCGAAUGCCGUAAAAUUUAACAAAAAUUUUUUAGAAUUUUUAUCAAUUUUAAAUUAUGUUAAUUGUAAAUUUAUUUAUUUUAUUUAUUUUUAUUAAUUUAUGUAACAGUUUAAAUUUAAAAAUAUAUCCAGAUAAUAUUUUUACUUGGAAUGUUGUCAACAAACAAAAUAAUUUUUUACCUUCUUUUGGUCCAAUUAUUAUCAAUUCAAAACUUGGUUCUCUUUAUGUUGGUGCUAAAGGAAAUUUAUUUCGUCUUUGGUUAUUUAAUAUUAACGAUACUUUUUCAAAUAAUUUGUUUUCCCAUAGAAAAUUUGAAAUAAAUUUAGAAGAAAGGGAAGAAUGUUUAAAAAUGGGAAAUAGUGAAAGAGAAUGUGAUUUUUGGAUUAAACAAAUAUUUAUUAAAUCUAAUGGAGAUUUAUUGUUUUGUUCAAGUCAAUCAAUGAAACCUCAAUUAGGUUUAGUGGACGGAAAUUCUCUUUUAGAUAAACAAGAAUUACAUACACAAAUUGGUAUUUGUUCACAACAUGAAGGAUUAAAUACAACGGCUAUUUAUGUUGAAGAAGGAAAUCCGAAUGGAUUGCCAGCAAUUUAUUCUGGAAUUAGAACUGGACUUUCUUUAGAAAAUCAAUUAAUUUACAGACCUCCUUUAAUGAAUUUUGAAGGAAAUAGAGAAAUAUAUCCAGCUUUACGGACUCCAAUUUAUGAUUCUAAUUGGUUAAAUGAACCUCAAUUUGUCGGUUCUUUUUCUUUUGGCCCUUAUAUUUAUUUUUUCUUUCGGGAACAAUUAACUGCUGCUAAUUGUAAUAAUAAUAAAGGUUCUGUUAUUUCAAGAAUUGCAAGACUUUGUAAAAAUGAUUUGGGUGGAAAACAAGUUUUGAGACAAGUGUGGACAUCUUUUGUUAAAGCAAAUUUAAAUUGUUCUUUAAAUGGAUUUUCUUUUAAUCAAAUACAGAGUGUAACACAAAUUGAAGAGAAUAAUCAAAAUAAUAAUUAUUUAUUUUAUUCAACAUUUAUUGCUGCAGAAAAUACUCCUUACCAAACUUCAGCAAUUUGUGUAUUUUCUCUUUUAGAAAUUAAUAAAGUUUUUGAUAAUGGACCUUUUUUGGAACAACAAUCAGCAGAAAGUGGUUGUUGGGCAACUAUACCUGCUGAACAAAUUUCUAUUGAAGGAAGGAGACCUGGAACUUGUCAAGAAGAUAGCCGUCAACUUUCUGAUGAAGAUUUACAUUUUGCUAAGCAACAUUUACUUAUGGGAGAACAAAUACAGUCAUUAGGAAAUACUCCAAUUUUUCAUAAAGGACAAACAUUAUUAACAAAAAUAAUUGCUACAACAAUUAUAACAGAGAAAAAAAGAGAAAAUAAUAAUAAAGUUUUGUUGUUUGUUUAUGAAAAAAGGGAAAAUGUUUUAUUUAAAAUUUUACAUAAAAUAAAAGAAGGAAAUGCUUAUUUAUUAGCUAAAUAUGAAUUAAAUGAAAAAAUUAAUUUAAUGGCUAUAUUACCUGGAGAAUAUAUUUAUUUAACUAAUGAAAAAAGGGUUGAACAAUACAGAAUUGGACAAUGUUCGGCUUAUGGAAAGAAUUGUAGAAAUUGUGUUUUAGACCCUUUCUGUUCUUGGUCAAUUCCUCGAGGGGAAUGCUUUUAUUUGGAAUCAACACAUUCAAGUUCCCCCGGUUGGCUGACAGACGAAACUUCAAUUUUUAGCUGUUCUGAAUUAAUAAAACCGACAGAAUUAAAUGUUUUCCCAGGCGAUUCUUUGCAUUUAAAAUGUUUUGGAGAUGAAAAUAAAAUUAAAUGGAUUUUUAAUGGAGAAAAAGUUUUUGAAUCAGAUAAAUAUAUUUUAACAAAAAAUGGGGGAUUAAUUUUUUUAAAUCUAACUGAAAGUUUGAGUGGUGUCUGGACUUGUUUGGAGAAUGAAAAUAAAUUAGUGGAAUAUUUAAUUAAAGUUGAUGGAGAAAAUUGUACAAAACCAAAAAGUCUUGAACAAUUCCACGCUGUUCAGAGAGAAUGGUGUCGAAAAAUGGAUAAUUAUAGGAAUAAUUUAUCGAAAUGGCAAAAUUUAUAUGAACAAACAAAUGAAGAAAAUAUAAAAAGUUGCCCAAUUAAAGAAGAUAAAUUGACACAAUUUGAACAAUUAAAUAAUGGAAAUAGUAAUAUUCUUUAA